AUGUAUUCCAAAAUUUUUGUGAUUGCUGCUCUUGUUGUGGUCGCCACGGCACGUCCACAAGACAGUCAUGGUCACGGUCACGCCUACUCGUCGCAGAGUAUUGUACUACAUCAGAGUCAUGGUCAUGAAACGCAACAUCAUGUACCAGUACACCAUGAAGUGAAGCCAGUUGUGCUCGUCCAACAGCCGAUACAGCACCACGAAGCUCCUAAACAGGAGGAACACCAUGUAGACUACUAUGCUAUCCCCAAAUACACAUACGAAUACAAAAUCGAGGACCCCCACACCGGCGACAACAAGUACCAGCACGAGACCCGUGACGGUGACGUCGUCAAGGGUGUGUACAGUCUGCACGAAGCCGACGGCACCAUCAGGAUCGUCGAGUAUACCGCCGACAAACACAAUGGAUUCAACGCCAUUGUGAAACGACAAGGUCAUGCCAAACACAUUGUGCCAGAACAUCAUCAUUGA